UCUCUCUCUCUCUCUCUCUCUCUCUCUCUCUCCCUCCGUGCGCAUGCGCGAGUGAGAGACGGUCUGGGAGUGCGGUGCGAGGAGCAGCUGGCGUUUAGCCAAACUUUUCUGUGAGUUUGUUGGUUUCAGUUUUGUUUUUGAAGCGUUUAGUUAGUGUGUGAGUGUGUUUGAGUGCUAGUCUGAGAGAGUGAGUGUGUGUGUGCGCGCGGGGCGCUGCCCCGCGGGGAGUCCGCUGUGUGUGUGUUUGUGUGUGUGUGUGUUUAGCACGAGCAUGGCGGCUCCGGGUGACUCUCGGCUGUGCGAGAGCUUAACGCGCCGGCAUGGGGUGCGGAUCGUGUCCCGCGCGAGCAUAGAAGACGUGUGUCUUUCCGUGGGCUCCGCUGUUGGCCACGGGAACAUCGUCUCCGCCUCGCGUAUGAACAACGCGAUUGUUUUAUUUGUGAAAACGGUUGAUCAAGCGCUGGCUCUGGUUCAGAGUGGUGUAACUGUAAAUGGUUUAUUCACACAUGUGUUGCCUCUGAGUUCCCCAUCUAAAAAGAUCAUCCUGUCCAAUGUUCCCCCUUUUAUUAAAGAUGAACUGAUCAGGCAGGAGCUCUCCCGCUUUGGGAGAGUUUGUUCUGAAAUAAAGAAGUUAAACUUGGGCUGUAAAUCUCCACUGAUCAAACAUCUGGUGUCUUUUAGAAGGCAGGUUUUUAUGGUUUUAAAGGAUGGAGCUGAUGAGUUAGACCUGGUUUUAAAGCUGAGGGUGGAGGGGUUUGAUUACACCAUUUAUGCUUCGUCCGACACUGAGAUGAAGUGUUUCAGGUGUGGUCAGACUGGACAUCUCGUCCGAGCCUGCCCUGAGAAGGUUAAUUCUGGAGGGGCUGGGGGCGCUGAGGCACCGGGGCCGGACACGGCUGAGCCCGCGGUGGUCGUUCCCCCUGCGGCUGUUGCUAGGCCUGCUGUGAAGGUGCCGGCUGCCGAGGCGGUGCCCGGAGAGUGUGAGCAGGUCGGGGUUGGGUCUGAUACUGCAAUGGCUGAUGAGCGGAGGGUGGCUGAGGGUGAGCAUUCCUCAGCUGAGCCUGCUGUGGAGGAGCAGGUCAUGGAGGAGCAGGCUGUGGAGGAGCAAGCUGUGGUGGGGGAGGUUUUGGAGGAGCAGGUUGGGGAGGUGCAGGCUGUGGAGGUGCAGGCUGUGGAGGAGCAGGCUGUGGAGGAGCAGGCUGUGGAGGUGCAGGCUGUGGAGGUGCAGGCUGUGGGGGAACCAGGUGAGGCUCAGCAGCUGGAGGCUAAAGUACAGGCCAGCUGUUCUGGGCUGACUCCAGCUCCAGCAGCAGUACAUGAGCUUGAGGCUGAGGUUUUAAUGGAGGAUGAAGCUGUUUUUAAAGUUCCAACUAAUAAAAGAAAAUGUAAGGCAAAUGAAAAGGGGGCAAAACAGGCUAAAAAAGAGGUGGAGGAGGUGGAGUCGGAAGUUAGCCAAGAGUUGGAAGGCUAUACGUCUGACUCGGGCUGGUCAGUGUGCUCUCAAGAUGAGAGAACACCUGUAGUAUACACUGCUAAAGAAGUAAAGAGGUUCCUGCGGGUCACUAAAGGGCAGUGGGGUGUUCGGGUGGAGGACCAUUUUCCAGACACUAUACAAUUUGUACAUGAUGUGAAGCUUUUAAAGAGGGAGGGGGCUUUCACUCGGCUGGAGCUGUACGAGAGCGAGUGGUCAGAGUCACUGGAAGUGGAGGACAGGUUCCUGCAGAAUAUGGCCAAACUGGAGCAACAGUCGGCCGAGGUGCUUGAGGCUGAACUAUCUAUGGAGGAGAUACACGGGGCUCUCCAGGGUAUGGAGAAUGGCAGGGCACCUGGCAUUGACGGCAUUCCUGUCGAGUUUUAUAAAGCUUUCUGGUCAGUGUUGGGGCAAGAUGUGCUGGAGGUUCUCCGAAGCAGCAUACGUGAUGGAAGUCUUCCGUUAAGCUGCAGGAGAGCUGUCCUUACCUUGCUGCCCAAGAAAGGAGACCUGACCAACCUGAAGAACUGGCGACCUGUAUCUCUGCUUUGCUCGGACUGCAAGCUGCUCUCGAAAGCAUUGGCCUCAAGACUAGGGAAGGUGAUGGAGCAGGUAAUCCACAUUGACCAGACGUACUGUGUACCUGGUAGGUCUAUCUUUGACAAUGUGCAUUUAAUUCGGGAUGUUUUGGACGUCUCCAGACUUUUGGGCUUGAAGACUGGUCUUUUAUUUCUGGACCAGGAAAAGGCUUUUGACCGGGUUGAACACGGCUAUCUGUGGAAAGUUCUGGAGAACUUUGGGUUCAACCCUGGGUUCAUAGCCAUGAUCAAGGUUCUGUACAGUGAAAUUGAGAGUGCUGUGCUUGUGGAUUUCUUCUGGGAUCGCCUGCACUGGGUUCCACAAGGACUUUUAUAUCUGCCAAAGGAGAACGGAGGGCAGGGUCUAGUCCACUUGGCCAGCAGGACAGCUGCCUUCCGACUGCAGUUUCUUCAGAGACUCCUUGCUGGUCCUGCGGAACUGACUGGAUUAUCCUUGCACUGGCUUUUGGAGGAACCCUUGCUCUGUGGUACACGUUUGGACUUGGCGGGGACUGUCACCCCUGCACUGACCAGAGUCCUGUUGUCCUCCGGGGUCACUACCCUCCGUCAUGUGGUGGAUGCUGCAGGUCCUGAUUUCGCGGAUGAGGAGAACAUGGCGUUGAGGUUGGGGAUGAGAUCCCUGCGGCUGGUGGCUCGUCUUCUCCAGGGCUGGAAGUCGGCGUUCUCUCCGGAGGAACGGGAACAGGUGAGGGACUACAGUGCGGGGGUGGUCAGCCCUGCGGAGGAUGACCCAUUUCCUGAGGUCACCAUCACGCCGGACCUGGAGGACUGUGAGGGCCCCCUCCUGGAUUGUACGGGGGAAUCCUGCAUGAACCUGAGCAUGGUGUCAGUUUGUUUCUCGGUGACAGGCCGAGUGCAGCCAGCGUGUCUGGCAGUGUCUGGAGCGUCUCUGUAA